AUUUCUUAUAGUUUAUUUAAUGAAGUUAGAGAAUGUUUUACACGAAUUGAGACCGAUUCUACAGUUCGAGUUGUCAUAAUUUCGGGAGCAGGAAAAUUAUUUUCAUCGGGGAUUGACCUCAGUAUUUUAUCAAAAGUAAAUGAAGAAGCAAUGGAUUUUGCACGAAAAGCAUAUUAUUUACGGCGAUUUCUUAAGACACUCCAAGAUACAUACACUGCAAUUGAAUCCUGUAAAAAACCUGUCAUUGUUGUGGUUCACGGCGCUUGUAUUGGAGCUGGGGUUGAAUUGACUACUGCUUGUGAUAUUCGUUACUGUUCUCAAGAUGCUUUUUUUUGUAUUAAGGAAAUUGAUUUUGGUUUAGCAGCCGAUCUAGGGACGUUGCAACGUCUACCUAAAAUUGUAGGAAAUAAUAGCCUUGUGAGGGAGCUUUGUUUUACUGGACGCAA